UCAGGAGCAGAGCGUAGUUCGCCCCCCAUCCUCAGGAAGGAAGGAGGGCCCCACUAGUCACACGACUGGGCGGCUGGGCCGACACUGGAUCUAGGCGAGGAAGGCGAACUCGAGGAGAGCGAUCUGGAGCAGCAUGGAGUCCUCUGCAGACAGACUAGCCAGGGCGGCGGCCCAGGGCCGUGAGCACGAGGUGCGUGCACUGCUGGAAGCCGGGGCUUCGCCCAACGCCCCGAACUCUUUCGGUCGUACCCCGAUUCAGGUGAUGAUGAUGGGCAACGUCCAAGUAGCAGCUCUCCUGCUCUUCUACGGUGCAGAAUCGAACUGCGCCGAUCCUACCACCCUCUCUCGACCGGUGCACGACGCAGCGCGGGAGGGCUUCCUGGACACGCUGGUGGUGUUGCACCAGGCAGGAGCGCGACUGGAUGUGCGCGAUGCCUGGGGUCGCCUGCCGCUCGACUUGGCCGAGGAGCGGGGACAUCACGACGUCGUGCGGUAUUUGAGUUCCGCGGGGAACGUCGCCCAGGCCGACAGGCAUAGCGUCUGCUCAAGCACGCCCAGGUACCUAGGACUUCGCGGCCAAUCCCAAGAGCAGAGCUAAAUCUGGCCUUAGCCCGCCUUUUUCUCCUUGGCUUCACUUUAUAGCGAUGCAUGUCUUCGAGUCUAGCGUGUUGCUUUUAUAUAUAUGCUUUUUACAAUCAGGGGAAGGGGGCAGA